AUGGGUGAGUGGGCUUGGUUAUCUACUAGAGGGGGGUUUAUACUUACAUGAUAUUGGACUUGUUUUACUGUGGUAUUUUGUACUGUAAGCCCUUAUAAGCUGCUUCUUUUAGGAGCCGACAUAAAGAACCCGCCAUACUUUACUUGUAAUUUCUUGUAAAAAAUGGUAGGUUCUUUAUGUCGGCACCUGAUAUUAAUGUUUACCUUGCCUUGCUCUUUGCCGAUUUGUCAUCAUUUUUGCCUCAUUUUCCACCGUUAUGCCCUAUCGCUUAUACAGGGUGCGCCGAAAGUUCUGUUACUCACAAUACUCACAUUGCACUAACCCACCAAAAGCUUGCGUACCACACUGUAAUUUAGAUAUAUCACAUCACAGUAGUUGUAAAAAUGCCCACAAAACCCAAAAACUGUGUACCAUUGAAUCGGAAUGACGAACGAAACCUAUUCCGCCACAUUCCACUGAAUUCGGCUCUGAUUGAGAACAUGAACAUGGGUAAACAAAUAGUCAUAGCUUGUGUUUUACUGUAAAUUAUUGUACUUGUUUGUACUGGUUUUGACGCACGUUGUAUACUGGUUGUUUUGUGCUAACAAUUUUUUAAUUUUAAGCUUUACAUACGUUUAAAAAUGGCAAAAAGUUUAAAAAAAGUCAAAAUUUUCGAGAAAAAUUGUCUACUUUAAAAUUUCAUUGAGCUGUAUCUUGGUUAAUAUACAACAUAUUAAAACAAAAUUAUAGUAACUUAUACUCCAUUUUAUGCCCUUUAAAAUGCAUGUUUUAAAUUUUAAAUUUUUUUUUAAAAAAUUGCCAUUUUUAAUUUUUUUUUGUAAGUAAGCGCCGUUUAAAGAACCAAGUAGGCUUGGGUAAAAUACUGUAACUAUAUAACGGCUCCAAUUUUUCAAAAGGUACUUUAGCGUGUUACUGUCAUCAAAAUGGGCUACCAUUAACCGAAAUUUGAAAUUUAAAACUGCAUUUUAAAAAAAGUUAUGAUUAAAACUUUAAGAUUUUAAGCCUAAAAUCAAUCACUUUUUUUAAAAAAAUAGUAAAUAAAUUUGUAACUCGUAUUUUACAUAAACCAAAAACUAUUUCCAGCCCUCUUCCAAGAGAUUAAAACCCGCCAAGAGGAGUUUAUGCAAGGCUUCAACGCCGGUGAUGCACACCGUGCUUCCCAAGUCUAUGAUAAGGACGGCUACUUCAUGCCAAAUGGCCAUAGCCCGGUGAAAGGUCGUGAAGGAAUCGAAAAAUACUUUAAACAAGACAUGGCUGAUGGUGUUGUCUCGGCUCAAGUAAGAUUUUUGAUUUUUAGGCUUAAACUUUAAGUUGGUGACAUUUUAUACGUUGAAACAUGUUUCUGGAAGUCAUAGCAAGAUUUAGCCUAAAAAAAAGAAAAAAAACUAAGAAAAAAUGGCUAGUAAGAGACAAAAAAUACAAUUUCAGAUCAUAACCGAAGAAGUGAACGGCAGUGGAGAUUGGGCGUUCGAGCGUGGCAGCUACCAUUUGGACGGGAAACGCGGCACCGAAUCCGGCGCGUAUCUCCAGAUCUGGAGAAAAAUCGACGGUGUUUGGUUCAUCCAUAACGAUUGCUUCAAUGUCAUUAAACCAGCUGAAUAAUUGCCAUAGCUUUGGAAUUUCAAAUUUUAGCAAAAUUUGAAAUUUUAGCGAUUUUCGGCUAAAAAUGUUGCACUUUUUGUAGUUUUUGCUUAAUAAACGAAAUCAACGCAAGACUAUUAAUUUUUAUUUGCCAAAAAAAUGAUACAAAAAUACAAAAUAAUGGUUAAUUCAUUGUUAAAAUGCAAGUUUUUGCCUAACACAUAGGGUUUAAAAGGCCCCACCACGAUUUAUUGAAAUGCUAAAACUAUGGCAUUGUGUUGCAAGACAAUAUUUUUUAUUUUUGUUCAAGAACAAUUUUAGAUAGUUAAAACUGCUUUAAAAAUGGCAGAAGAAGUAUCUUCAUUUAAAAAAUUUUUGUAUGAACUUCAAACUGACUGGGGAACCGGAGAUUUGUACAGAGACACACCAAUCAGAUACUUGGGUAUGUUGUUUUAGAUCUGUCACUUGAAUUUUAGGCGAAAUCUUGUUGAGUUUUGGACUAAUUAGCUAGAGCAUUCUCUAAAGAAGCAUUUGACAACAUUUUUGUGGUUACAGGGUACGCAAACGAAACAGGAGAAGCUUUCCGGGCAUGGGUACCACUAUCAGUCGUGAGGUCAACGUAUGUGGUCGCUUUUGGCUAUGUUAUCGCUGAUACUUUGGAUAAAACGCAUAAAGUAUACAAAGUAAGUUUAUUUUUUGUUAUAUUUUUAAAUUUUUAGGCAACAUAGACUUUUAUUUCGAUUGAAACGAAGGAAUUUUAUAUUACACUAGUGAUUGGCUAAUGGCCAAAAUAUCAAAUUUAAAGGUCUGAUAUUUUUAUUUCAGAAACCAUUUGAAAACAUAGCUGAUAGAUCAAAACAGAUGGGAUUAACGUUUUUGGACACGUUAGGAUGGCAAACAUUUGCUUCUGUGUUGAUUCCUGGCUUCACCAUCAAUCGGGUCGUGGCGGCUAGUACUUAUGGUCUUAAAAAGUGAGUUUUGGCAAUUUUUGACGUAGGUUAAUGAUCUUUUCAAUUUUUUUACAUUUAUCAUAGUCUUCUGCUAAUUUUCACAUUAAAAUUCAAGGGAUUCGAGAUUAAAUUCAAUACUUUUGAUCUAUGUCAUACCGAGUUGUUAAUAAUUCUUUGUAAGAGCAAAAUUUUUGAACAAACCACAAUAAGCCUAUUACUUUACUUAUUAUUUUAGAUUAACAAAACUAGGUCCAACAUCGGUAAAGCUAUUUUCAACUUCAAUGGGCUUGGCAACGAUCCCCUUCAUUGUUCGGCCGAUUGAUGCACUAGUGGAAGUUGGCAUGGAUCACACACUUAGGAAGUUAUACAAAGUUGAUAAACCUUAUUUGAGCUAG